AUGCGUACUGGUUUCAGCAAGUUACGCUCACCUGGGCAUAUCUUAUCCUCACCGAUCUCUCGUCGAUCGGUCAAACCCAUCAUCCACUCCGACGAAUCCCGACUGAUAGACUUGCCACGCGAGAUCCUUGCCCGCAGUCCGAUUUGUACGGUAAUCCACCUUGCGAACUCAGCGAAACGGGCCAAGUUCGAUGCCAAGCACGCUCCUGUAUACCGAAGCUAUUCCAAACGUGCCUCACUACGCACGCCAGAUGGACCUGAACCGACUUACUCCAAGCUGGUCAGCGGUUAUCAAGUUUAUCACCACCCGACUCCCUUCAAAUUAGACUACGGCCAAACCUUACAGAGCUUCGACUUGGCUUACGAAGUCUGGGGCAAGCUGUCGGACCGCAAGGACAACGUCAUCCUCAUCCAUACGGGCCUAUCAGCCAGUAGCCAUGCCAAGAGUCACGAAGAAAACCGAAACCCUGGAUGGUGGGAAAAGUUCGUCGGCCAUGGGCCAAGCUAUCCCAUCGACUUGGAUCGCUACUUUGUGAUCUGUACCAACGUAUUGGGGUCUUGUUAUGGUUCAACGGGCCCUCAUUCAAUCAAUCCACUCACUGGUCAUCGCUAUGCAACCGAAUUCCCCAUCGUGUCGAUUUUUGACAUGGUGAGAGCUCAAUUCAAGUUGUUAGAUCAUCUGGGGAUUGAUCACCUGUAUGCUAGCAUCGGAAGUAGUAUGGGGGGUAUGCAGAGCAUCGCUGCUGCAUGGUUAGAACCAGAAAGGGUCGGUAAAGUCGUCAGCAUCAGUGGAUGUGGGCGGUCAGGACCAUCGAGCAUUGCGAUUCGCUACGCUCAACGCUCAGUAUUGAUGGCCGAUCCGAACUGGAAUAACGGAUUCUACUACGACUCGGCCCCACCUCACGUGGGGAUGAAAUUGGCCCGUCAAAUUGCCACGAUCACCUAUCGAUCCGGACCUGAAUGGGAGCAGCGCUUUGGAAGAAGUCGGCGCUCAGUUGUUAAUCAGCGCGGUCAAACUCUUCUAAGUCCACCCACGUUGUCUCCCGACUUCUUGAUCGAAACUUACCUAGACCAUCAAGGCGAACAGUUCUGUCUCAAAUACGACGCAAACAGUUUGUUGUAUGUCUCAAAGGCAAUGGAUCUUUUCGAUAUGACUGUCGAGGGUUUGGAUGAGCUAGGGCGAUACCAAACUGGAGUCGCCAACUCAGCUGAUGAGCCUUCAUUUCAGAACCAGCCAGAUCGUGAUCAAGCUGGCCGAGUGACCAGUCUAUCAUCCGCGGGCGACCAUAAAAUCAUUGCUUCACUUGCCCGGACGUUCCAAAGAUUUCAAUCAGACCAAGAAUUUCUCAUUCUUGGUGUCCAAACCGAUAUCCUUUUCCCGAUCACUUUGCAGAGGGAGUUGGCCGAAGCUAUCCGAUCUUCGUCGUCGGACCGUCCUCCACAUGAGGCUCCGGCCGUCACAUAUUUCGAACUUCAUUCGCCAUUCGGUCAUGAUACUUUCUUGAUUGAUCUGAAUGGCGUUGGCGGUGCUAUCAGAGGAUUUCUUUCUUAA